AUGCAGUUCGCAUACCCUCCUCGAAAGAACUCCAACCCACCCCCCUUCGGGCGACGCUCAGGGAAUAUACCACCAAUUCUACGACGACUUCGCAAAAGAACCGUUCUUUUUUGUUUUCUAGGCGUUGUCGGGCUGCUUUAUCUUCUUCUCGGGUCGAAGGCCGGCACGCCUUACCGCGAGCACGCACCAUCAGGAAACCCCCCAGUGGUUGUGGUUACAGUCUCCGAUCAUUCAGAGUACAGUACCUCUUAUCUGGAAUCGAUUCGAAACAACCGCGAGCAGUAUGCCAAAAGACACGGAUAUGAAGCCAUGGUUGUAAAAGUUAGCGACUACAACACGGGCGAAUCUCCCAAGUCUUGGGCCAAGGUCAUGGCAAUGCGCCAUGCGCUCUCGAAAUACCCUGAUGCCACAUAUGUGUGGUUCCUCGACCAAAACGCUUACAUCAUGGAGCUAGACAAGACAUUGGAAGAGCAAGUGAUGGAGCCGGCAACACUAGAGGGCCUCAUGAUCAGGGAUUGGUCUGUCGUGCCCCCGGACAGCAUCAUCAAAACGUUUUCCCAUCUCAAGGGCCAAGACGUGAACCUCGUCCUCAGCCAGGAUGAAGUUGGACUAGUCACUAAUAGUUAUGUCCUUAAGAAUGGUGAUUGGGCAAAGUUCUUCAUCGAAACUUGGAUGGACCCUCUCUACCGAAGCUACAACUUUGAAAAGGCUGAGCGUCAUGCUCUUGAACACAUCGUUCAGUGGCACCCAACCAUCCUCUCCAAACUCACCCUCGUCCCUCAACGCACAAUUGCCUCGUACGGCCGUAACAAGGAGGGCAAUGCCUACAGGGACGGAGACUUUGUGACACUCAUGGUUGACUGUACCGUCACAGGUCAGGCAUCGUGCGAUAAGAUGUCGCAUGUUUACCAGCAGUCGCUGAGAAAAAAGUUUGGUAAUGAGGUUGCGUAG